AUGUCUCGGCUCGCAUUCCGUCCCGCGAGCAAACCAGACGGGUGGGAAGAACUCAAGUUAGAACCUUACACAGAUGGCGACCCAAAUAAGUGGCCCCAACAUCCGUACAGAACCAGCGACUCCUCAAACUACCAGAAAGAUCUGGCAGCGGCAUGGAAAGGACGAGUGGGAGUCUACUGGCUUGAGAAACUGCCUGAUGGGUACGGUGUCUUUGAAACUGAUCAACCAGGCGGACCUCAAACAUACAAACGUCUCUUUGGCCAUCCAUCAGGACGAUUCUACGACUCAAUAAAGAAGUUCACGCCUCAUUUCUUGUGGUUGAUGGGUGGCAAGCAGGGAAGCUGUGAAUGUCACAUGUGCUCCAGAAACAACAAAGCACCCGUCAUUCCACGACCGCGCCGCCCACGAGAACUGAUCGAUACUUCCCUCCUGAGUCGUCGCCGGCAGGCCAGUGGUACAGGCGACGAGGACAUGAGUGACAAUGCCCCAAGAAGUCGACGUGCUCGAAGAGAAGUCAAAUCAGCGGGGGCUCCGGAUGUUGUUGACGAAGAGGGUACAGAAGAUGUCUACAAGAAAUUCGUCAUGAGAUUAUACGCUGCUAAAGACGCCAGCAGGGGUAUCGACGACGACAUCGUAGAGCUCAACUCGCUCGAUUGGCGCGCCGAACAUGAUGAAGAGAGUGAUGCCUUCCCCAGCCUUCUACCCGGGAUGCUUAGGCAGCUCGAGCAUCAACCUUCUUUCAUACCUCGGAUGGGAGAAGUCGUAUUAUGGGUUCCCGAUUUCCUGGAUGGCCACUACUUAAUCGAAGAUAAGAAAGAUGGCAUCACAAAGUUCUUCUCGUACGAACACAGACGGUUCUCCGCCGUGCCUCAGUGGCGAGCAGGCGUGAUUACAGCUGUCCCCAAUGCCGACCUUGAGAACGGCCAAGUGGACUUCCAGGAUAUCCUGCAGCUACCAAAGAAAACGACAGAUCUGAACAGAUCUGGCUUUCGAGUGGAGACCUUACCAGAUCCGAACGAUUUGGAGGGCAAAUCGGUGUCAAAGCAAUACAAAUAUGUUCCGCUGAGAUCUGUACGACCACUAUCACAGUGGCAAUCAGUACUGCGUGGCAUUGACCCCGCAAAGUUGCAUCGUUCGAUCUCUAAUGCGCUCACCACUUGUACGAGCUUCACCCUCGUCGAGAAGCUGAAGUGCACAGGCCAGUGGCCCAAUGGGAUCAUCCAUUGCAAGGCCAUCUAUCUUGGUCCCGAGCUGAUCACCACGGGCGACACUGUUCGGUUGUCAUCGCCUAUGAGCCCAGCGCGGUGUACGCAAGUCCUCAAGCUGGAAUCCGUGCGGCUCCACCUGGAUGAUAUGAAGGAAGAGCAUGGCAAGAAAGAGUCGCCAGGCCUGGCAAGCCGGAUCUGGGUAUCAUUCGUUGGAAAAGCCUACUCGAGAAAUUUCCGAGAGCACUACGAGUUCCAGACUGGGGCGGAGGACAGCCCACUUCCAGCACCAAUCUCGAAGUACGAAGCUAAGGAGAUAUUUGAAGCAGUGGGUGUGGUAGACUAUGGUCCUUGGUAUCCAAUGCACCAUCCUGGACUUCGCUUUGAGGUCUCGCUCGAGCAAGUGCUCGGAAGGCUCCAUGAGCCGAAGGCGGUCAGGCUAUGGAAUGGAGAAAUCAGGAGAUCGCGGAGACGUAGUGAGAAACAACAAAAGCCCCAGCUCAACUACGAUACCGAGGCCAUCAUCUCAGCUCGCCAAUGCUCUACACGGAUGGACAGGAGGACCCCGAGGCCCGAGGGUGACGACAUCCUUUGGUAUUGGGCUGAUACAAGAGCAUUGGCGCUCGGUGUCGAGUCUUUCAAUGGCCUGGAAGUCGACAAUUACUGGGAAGUCCGAGACAAAACUACGCUGAAUUUGUGGCACAAUCAGCUCAAAAUUCUCAAUGGUGUGCAAGUGCUACCUGGAAUCGACAAUCAGUUCGUGCAGAUACCGGGCUUGCCUGGCGAGAGACGUGGUCGCAAGAAGGGCAGUAAAGUGAUCAACGGCAAGCUUGUCAAUCCCGGAGAUCCCGAGUAUGAUGCGGUGUAUGGAGAAGGACAUGCUGGCAGCGAUGAGAGCAAGCCCAAGCCUAGCAGUCAAAUGGCCGGGGCAGCAAUGGCGUCCACAGACGAAGAGAGCAACGAUGAUGAGGAAGACGCGGACGAACAGCGGGGAGCUGAUCUUAGUACGUGGAUGCAGCCAGCGCCAAAGUGGAAGUUGGUCGACAGCGAUGAUGACAUACAAAUGUUGGAGCCAGUACCCGGCGCAUCGGCGGCAAGACCACCUCAGCGUAGUAUGUCAGGUGCGGCCGUCAACCAUGGAUCAAAGGGUGAGGUCAAAAAGGCUCCGUUAUCGAAGGCAGAGAUCAUGGAAGGGGAAGCGAUGCCGAGUAUAGAAGACUACGAUGACGUUACUUCUGAAAGUGAGGAUGAUUGGGACCAUGUGCCUCCUGCUAGAGGUGGCACAGAAGAGACAGAGGGUGGUGAUUACGAUCCAAGGAAGGAGGCUCUACAUCGAGGAAGACGUAGCGUUUCUGAUUAA